GAACUCUCUACAGAUUAGUAUUAGUGGUGCGGCCGAGACGGUCACUCGGUCAGUCGCACGCGCUCCUCGAGACAUGGCGGACGUGGACGCAGACGCGGCGCCGCGGGCGCUGCGCGCGCUGCUCGACGACGUCGCCCGCCUCCAGGACUACCGCCACCACCGCGUCGCCGUCACCCCGCUCUCCACCGGCGGCGGCAACUACACCUCCGAGCUCUUCCUCAUCACCAUCACCGCGCCCGACCGCGACGACCUGCGCCUCUUCGCCAAAGUCGCCAAUAUCAACGGAAAAAUGCGUGACGACGCGCCCAUCACCCAGUUCUAUGAGACCGAGAGAUUCGUCUACGGGACGCUGGUGGACGUCUACCGCAAACUGGAGGAGAAGAAUUCGGUGCCAGCCGAGCACCGGCUGUACUUCCCGAAAUACUACGGCUGCAAUCCGAAAGUGUUCGAGGAGACGAUCGUACUGGAGGACCUGGGCGCGCGCGGGUUCGGCACGCACGACCGGCUCGAGUCGAUCGACUGGCCGUACGCGGCCGCCGCCGUGGCCGAGCUGGCCAAGUUCCACGCGCUGUCCUUCGCGUACGGGCACGACAACCCGGAGGAGUUCGCGCGGGUGCUGAAGGAGCGGAGGUUCGAUUUCGGUUCGGACGAGAAGAUGAAGGGCGUGUGGGAGGGCAUGGUGCGCGGCGCGGUGGGCGCGUGCGGCGAGCGGCACCGCGCGCGGCUGAGCCAGUACCUGGCCGAGAACGCCAAGCGCGUGCGCGACUACUACGAGCCGCUGCGGCGGCCCGUGCUCGUGCACGGCGACUACCGCCCCAGUAACCUUAUGCACAGGCUCAAACCGGACGGCGCGGUGGAGGUGCUGCCGGUGGACUGGCAGACGGUGCGCGCGGGCUGCGCGGCCACGGACCUGCUGUACCUGGUGUUCGCCGGCUCGGACGCGGCCUUCCGCGCGCGCCACUACACCGCGCUCGUCGAGGAGUACUACGCGCAGCUGUGCGCGGCGCUGCGGCGGCUGGGACUCGACCCUGCCGUGACAUACCCCAGAGAGGACUUCGAUUACGAGCUGCAGAAGAGCCUGCCGUACGGGCUGCUGAUGGCGGUGUUCGUGCUGCCGCUGGUGACGGUAGAGGCGGCCAACGCGCCGCGCCUGGACGACAUGGGCCUGGACAUGUGGCAGGUCAAGACCAGCUCGCUGUUUAGCGACCGCCUCAACGGCAUCGUGGAUGACUACGUGGCUUGGGGCGUGCUCUAGCGGCCACUCGCGGACUACCGGUCGGUGGAGGCCGACAGCCUGCCGCGCCUGGACGACAUGGGCCUCGACGCGUGGCGGGGCAAGACCAGCUCGCUGUUCAGCGACGGCCUCAACGCCAUGGUGGACGGCUACGUAGCCUGGGGCGUGCGCUAGCGGCCACUCGACGGCGGCGUCGGAGCCCAAGUCACGAUACUGUGAUCUAAGGCGGUUCACACAUGUUGACACCGCUAUACAAGUAGAGUAGUAUAGGUAAAUAACUUUACAAAACCCGUGUUGUGUGUAGUACCACUACUUUACCUAUAGUGAAGUGGUCGGAGUUCGGAUCAGACAUUACAUAUUUGAAAUUUGUGAUGACUAGAUCUGCAGACUAAAUUCUAAUCCUCUGCCCUUUUAUAAUUUGUGGCUUUUAAUCACAGAAGGGGCCUUAAGCUUCAUGUGCAAUAAGGACUUUGCCAUCUGAAAUUCCAACAGAAAAUCUGAUAUAAUAGUCCUUAUUGCACAAAAAGCUUAGAGACCCUUCUCUGAUGGAAAGCCAUAUUUAUUUUUCAUGAAUAUUCAACAGGAAUAGUUGUGAAUGUAAUUUAUUUAAAGAGUUUUUCUACACUGUACACAAUUACAUGCGAGAGGGGUUUUAACUUAAGCCUUCUACCAGGUAUACCUAGCUACACUAGUUUUGCGAUAUUCGCUCCUGGCACAGGGUGCGUAGCCAACGUGCCAAUCGUUAACGAUCCGUAGUGAACGAAACGCAACUGUCACUGUCGCACUAAUAUGGACGAGCGAUGGAGAGACGACUACGCUACGCGGAGCGUCGAUUGUCACGUUGGCUAAGCACCCAGAGCGUUGAAGCCAUCGCCCGUUAAACAACGUGCACAAAAUAUGGGUCCAAUUGUAUGGGUAUUAAUUAAUGUGAUGUUCAGAGAUUAAUUUAAGUUAUUACAUUAUGGUUUACAUUA